UUCUGAUGUUGCACGACGGGAAAUGCUUUGAAUACUUGCGACAUGGCCGCUUGCAUUGAUUGCCAAGAUUGACAGCAGUAACCAUCGUCUUCUGUCGCUUCUGUUUAGAGUAGAGAGGAAAAACGCGAUAAAUAUAGGCUACUUAUAACUGCUCUCAGCAGUUUUGACAGUUCAACUUCAUACAGCCAAAGCGGGAUUCCCUCUACGGUCAGUGGAAGCGAUACACUUCAGUUUUUUUUUCUUUCUCUGCUACCACACAUCAGUGUACAUUAUUUUAACCUGUUUCAAUACCAAUAACGGGAUACGGCGAAGACGAGCGCUUGUUUUGGUACCCUGCUCACAUCAAGGACCUUCUGCCCGUGGAUUUGGGGAGGAACUUGUGGUUUUGUGCAAGCAAAGAGCAUUUCCUAACUGGAUCCGGCGAGCAGAUACCGACAGAUCGCAGACGAACGCUUAUGGUGCCAGUAAUUUUCAUGAAUUCAAAAUCAACUCACCAGUGAUCUUUGGGAGCUGGGGAUAAAGUCUUUCUGUUUAUAACCCAAAUGCUGAACAUGGAGGGCUUUCUGCGUAGCAGCUUUUUACUGAGCAGAAUCAUGUCUUCCAAGCAAGCCACCUCUCCAUUCGCCUCGACCCCUGACAGAGGCGAGGAUGGAGUGAAUCAGGAGCACAUGUCCUGGGAGAAAGAGGAGAACUCGGAGUCACUAGUCGCCCCUCAGCUGCCCCUGAACAAUCUGCUCCACAACAAACCUCCCCCAGAGGAGCUCCAGCCAAUCAGCAGCAGCGUGCCGCCCGAAUCCGACUGGGACAGCCUGAUGUCAGUCCAGCAGCGCAUGGAAUCGGACAGCAAUAAAGUAUGUUCCUUAUACUCCUUCCGGAAUAACUCUACCUCUCCACACAAGCCAGAGGAGGGGGCCAGGGAGCGCGGCGACCUGCUAAGCAGUUCAGCCUUCGGAACGCCAGAGCGCCGCAAAGGAAGCCUGGCCGAUGUGGUGGACACACUGAAACAGAAGAAACUAGAGGAGAUGACAAAGACAGAGCAAGACGAAUCCUGCAUGGAGAAACUCCUUUCUAAAGACUGGAAAGAGAAGAUGGAGCGACUCAACACAGGCGAGCUGUUAGGAGAAAUUAAAGGUACUCCAGAAAGUCUCGCAGAGAAGGAGCGACAGCUCUCCACCAUGAUCACACAGCUCAUCAGCCUGCGGGAGCAACUCCUGGCCGCCCAUGAUGAGCAGAAGAAACUGGCCGCCUCACAGAUGGAGAAACAACGUCAGCAAAUGGAGCUGGCACGCCAACAGCAAGAGCAGAUUGCCAGACAACAGCAGCAACUUCUGCAGCAACAGCACAAAAUCAAUCUCCUCCAGCAGCAGAUCCAGGUCCAGGGUCACAUGCCUCCGCUCAUGAUCCCCAUUUUUCCACAUGACCAGCGCACUCUGGCAGCAGCCGCGGCAGCCCAGCAGGGCUUCCUCUUCCCCCCAGGCAUGUCCUACAAGCCAGGUGAUAACUACCCGGUGCAGUUCAUUCCAUCCACAAUGGCAGCUGCUGCCGCGUCAGGACUCAACCCUCUCCAGCUCCAGCAACUCUACGCCGCCCAGCUGGCCAGCAUGCAGGUCUCUCCAGGAGCCAAGAUGCCUCUGCUGUCCCAGCCCCCCAAUUCUACUGGGCCGAUCUCCCCGUCUGGCUUGAAGAAUGAAAAGAGGGCUUCAACCCCCCUGGCUCAAGUCAAGGAGGAGGGAACGCAGCCUCUCAACCUCUCCGCUCGGCCCAAGACAGCUGAGCCCGUCAGAUCCCCCACAUCCCCGACACACAUCCUCUUCCCUGGCAACAAGAGCAGCCCGAACAGCCUGUCCAAGAGCGGAGGCAUCCCCAGCCCCAUCGGAGGGAUGGGCCGUGGCUCGUCUCUGGACAUUCUGUCCAGCCUGAACUCAACAGCGCUGUUUGGAGAUCAGGAUGCAGUGAUGAAGGCCAUCCAGGAAGCGAGGAAGAUGAGGGAGCAGAUUCAGAGAGAGCAGUUUCAGCACCAUCAGCAGGGAAUGGAGGCCAAACUGUCCGCCCUCACCAGCAUGGGCCUGAACAACUGCAGGGCUGAUAAGGAGAGGUCUCAUUAUGAUAACCUGGGCCAUCACCUGGGCAAACUAGGCGAGGAUGGGAAGAUUGGUCACAGAGUCAUCGACCUCACCAGGCCAGAGGAUUUCGAGGGAGGCGCCAGCUCUACCGAGGCACGGGUCUACAGGGAACCCCGGGGAAGGAACAGCAACGAACCUCACAUCAAACGGCCCAUGAACGCCUUCAUGGUCUGGGCCAAAGAUGGGCGCCGCAAAAUCCUUCAGGCCUUCCCAGACAUGCACAACUCCAACAUCAGCAAAAUCUUGGGAUCUCGCUGGAAGUCCAUGACGAACCAGGAGAAACAACCGUUUUAUGAAGAGCAGGCACGGCUCAGCAAGAUCCACCUGGAGAAGUAUCCCAACUACAAGUACAAGCCCCGGCCCAAGCGCACCUGCAUCAUCGACGGCAAGAAGCUGCGCAUAGGCGAGUACAAGCAGAUGAUGAGGUCGAGGAGGCAGGAAAUGAGGCAGUUCUUCACUGUGGGGCAGCAGCCACAGACGCAGAUCCCCAUCACCACCAGCGCAGGUGUCGUCUACCCCGGUGCCAUAACCAUGGCGACCACUACGCCCUCCCCUCACAUGACCUCAGACUGCUCCAGUGCCUCGGCCAGCCCCGAGCCCACCAUCCCUGUCAUCCAGAGCACCUUCAACAUGAAGAUGGAACCGGGCACCAUGGUGUCUAACGACCCCGUGAAUGGAGAGGACGAGAUGGACAUGUACGAGGACUUUGAGGACGAGCCCAAAUCGGACUACAGCAGUGAAAAUGACACACAGGAGCCGGUCAGUGCCAACUGAGGCGAAAACAUCCAGCGAAGAAUAUCCUUACAUUAGAGGGAAGACUGAAGAAGAUGAAAAAGAGAACAAAAAAAAAAAAAACUUCUGAUGAAAUACGUUUUGGGAGCCAGCAUGCAGAUGUGGCUCCUGCAGAUUUAACAGCUAUUGGUCUUAAGUGUUUCUCCGAGUGUGAAAUAAUUUGAUUGUGUUUUAUUUUGGCUUUUUUUUUGUUGUUAUUUUAUUGAAUUUUUUUUCUUGUGUUUUGAUCAUGGACAAUUUAGGGUAUUUCCUACGACAUUUUUGAAUAAUAGGACUUGACGAUUGAAACAUUUCAUAUGAAUGCAUAACUCACAGUCUUACUUCAAUUCAUAUGGAUUUACACACGUAUUGUUUUUUUUCUUUUGAAGCAUCCAUUACUGUUUUCGAUGGGGUUCUAUAUUUCACUCAGGUAUGCUGUACCAGCCAACAGCUUGUGAAUGUUUUUAAUCAGAACUAUUUAAAAUGAAAAAGACGUCACUUCAUUUGACAUUUCAUAAUACGAUAAAACUGAAGAAGUCCUUACAUUUGAACCAUGGAGGGAAAGCCUAAAACUCCCCAUUAUUAUUGUUGUUCUUGUUAUUAUUAUUAUUAUUAUUAUUAUUAUUAUUUUUACUACUACUACUACAAGUCCAGAUGUGCCAAACAUAUCAUAAGCUUCCUGCUCUUAAAUCUUAAAUUUGAAAGUCUUAAGGAAGAGACUGCAUGAGAAUCCUUGCAAUCUUAUCUACAAAGCCCACUUUUAUUUUUCCUCUCCAUUGACAACCACGUCCAAAUGCUCAGGAACUAAGAAUGUCAUAGUUCUCCAGGAGGUUCAAUGCAGUGAUCGCCCUGACCACCGUCCUCGUCUAGUUCAGUCUUACCCACUCGGUUCUUAAUCACGGUGAUUGUAAUCAGGCCAGAAUGCCAAGGGGCCAAAUGGCAUCCAAUCUGCAGAAUUGGACAGGCAGCGAAAGGCAGCUUUGGUGUAUUGCAAUCACAAAUUGCUGAUGUACAAUAUGUACAAGCACAUUCUGCUAAAGUCUUUAUCCCCGUUUUCCAGGGCAGCAAGUUUAAAGUCUUUUAUUUACGCUUAAGUCUUGUAGACAUUGUAAUCUUAACUGACGGAAAUAGUCUUAAAGCAGAGCGUACGGCCUUUGGGCCUCUGCAGUGUGUUCAUCGUUAAGUCUUAAAGAGAACGUCCAGUUUAUCAAGAUGUUUUGGCCAGUUAUGCAGAGAGUUAAGGAGAAAUUUAACUAAACGAAUAAUGGCACUUAUUUUCCAAAUUUUCAAAGGAUACUUGGAUUUGAGAUACUUUGAUUGUAUUUACAUUUAAAUAUAUGUUCUGAAACAAAUACAUUUGAAAAUGCACAGAGACAAAUCUGCUCUUGAAAUCAGUUUUUUGAGCACUUGAUAUAAAAAAAAAAAAGACAAUUCAAAUAGGCAGUCCUGCGCCUCUACUAAAUUAUCCGCUCGUUCCGGCAGCAGAACAGAUCUUUCCGUGCGGAAGGACAGCCAAGAAGCAGCCAGCGGUCAGGGCCUCUUGUUUUAGGCUUUGGCCCUACCGAAGGCUCCUACAGGGUGCGAGUGCCAUUCACCUCCACUCGCCUGACCUCGGCCCAGCGCACACCCUGCCUCAAGGGGCUGCCAUCUGGCUCCCGGCAUCGGCCCGCGCCCAGGAGAAAGGUAGCGAACAAUGGAGACGAGGCCCAUGUGGUUUAUUGUGCCCUCUCUCCAUCAAAGUGCUCGCAAAAGGCUGCGGCCAGAAGCAGCCACGAGGUGCUAGCGAGCAGAUGGAACAAGUAGAUCAAGCUGUGGGGGAUUAUUAAAAUGACUGACGAGUCGGUAUCAUCUGAAAUACGGCAUUAUUAAUGCAUGAGUCCCGCUAUUUUGCCUUUGCCCUUGAACCUGUCUGUUUCAUCAGUAACCCAGAGAUUAGAAUAGACAGGAAAUGUCACAGCGAGGCUGCUGGUCACUGCAUUACCUCCAAAGGUCUAAAAGGUACCGAUGGCUAUUUAGCGCUUACUUCUCCCAGCAGUUGAAGCACUGACUUUUCUCCUCAGCGCCCCUCUUUGAAACAGCAUUUACUUAAUUCGUAGAAGUUUUGAGCACUUCUUUAGAAGCUUGUAUUCGUACCUUUUAUUUUGUUGGUUUUGUUUAAGUUUGUUGUGAUUUUUACAUAAGGUACAGUACUUGGCUGGGUGUCCCUUGACAUCCGCGUUCAGUUUUUUUUUUUUUUUUUCCUGCUUACAAGCCAACGUUUAUUUUUUAAAGCUGUUAUAUCUGUUUGCUGGUGGAUUGGUUGAUUUGUACGUGAUUUGUACAUAUUUCCUUGACCAUGCCAAGCCAGUUCUGUAGGCUGGUAGCAGACAAAAGAACUGUUGUUGGGAUUGAAACUUGAUUGCGCUUGUAUAGAUAAAAAGAAAAGAAAAGAAAAAAAGAGACUAUUUCAAUCUCACACGGAGACAAUGAUUCAAAAGUGUUACAAGCACUGGAUAUAAAUGGUAUUUUUAUCAAUUCUGACUAAUGUGAAGCCGUUGUGCGAGGAAAAAAAAAAAGAAAAAAAACCUACAUGAACAAGUCACCUGUUUGGAUUCAUGUGAGCGUGCCUCACAGUUGCCAGAUUUGAGUCAUUUUUCUCUUGACAUAUUUUGUUUAUUUAUGCAAAGACACGUGAUGAAUGAACACUUUGUUUAAGCUCCAGUGCUGCCUAGGGGAGAAAGAGCAGUAAACUCGACGGAGAGGCUCGCGUAGUUUCUGGCCAACUGAGACACACCGGACUUCAGUAGCACAUUUUAAUGCUCAUG